AUGGCUUCCCUUUCAGAUGAAAAGGAAAAGCAUUCCCCCUCGGCCGUUUAUCCAACUACGCCGUCACCUAAAGCCUUUUGGAUUGGAGGUGUAGCAGCUGUUUUCUUAAUUCUUGCUUCUUCCCACAUAAUAUCUUCAUGGUCUGCUGGGACUAGUGUUGAUGAUUAUGUCUAUGGGGUCAUAAAUCCCCUCACCGACGCACCUCAGAACAAAUCUACUCAUUCAGGACAGGACAUCUCUGUGGAUUCAGAAUGUGAUCUUUACCACGGAAGAUGGGUUUACGAUUCCCGGGGACCGUUGUACAAGAAUGACUCUUGUCCUAUCUUGACGCCGUCACAGAAUUGUCAAGGAAAUGGAAGGCCUGACAAAGACUAUGAGAAUUGGCGGUGGAAACCUGAUGAUUGUGAAAUUCCCAGAUUUGAUGCCAGCAAAUUCCUUAACUUGAUGAGGGGAAAGACAUUAGCCUUUGUUGGAGACUCGCUCGCUCGGAAUCAAAUGAUGUCUUUGCUCUGUAUUCUUUCGCAGGUUGAGUUCCCGAAACAUAUAAUCAAUGAAAGGAUGCAUUUCUAUCACUUUGAAUCAACUUCGACAACGAUUCUUCGCAAAUGGUCUGCCUGGCUCGUCAAUAAAACAACUGAUAAAUUUGAUUUUGCUCCAGAUGGACUGGAUAAACUCCACCUUGAUGUUCCCGAUGAACGUUUCAUGGAAUUUAUCCCUCGGUUUGACGUAUUAGUUGUCUCUUCAGGUCAUUGGUUUUCUUCAAAAAAGGCAGCAUACAUCUUGAAUAAUGAGGUAGUGGGAGGCCAAUCAUGGUGGCCCAAAAAGUCCAGAAAAAUGAAAGUCAACAACAUUAAAGCUUUCGCUAUAUCAUUCGAAACGGCACUAUCUGCCAUUGUUACGCAUCCGAAUUACACCGGCCUAACCAUCGUUCGUUCCUUCUCACCAGAUCAUUAUGAAAGAGGAGCAUGGAACACAGGUGGAUCAUGCAUGGGAAAGGUUCAACCACUCAAAAGUGGUGAAAUGAAUGAAAACAAACGGACCACCAAAAUGUACUAUCAACAAGUCAAAGGCUUCAGCCGAGCAAUGAAGAAGAUGACCAACAAAUCGAAGCUCAAACUGAUGGACAUCACAGAAGCUUUUGGUUAUCGCCAUGAUGGCCAUCCAGGUCCAUACAAAGACGCUGAUCCGAAUAAAAUCAAGGAAAUAGGGCCCGACGGAAAGCCCCCACCUCAAGAUUGCAUUCAUUGGUGUAUGCCAGGCCCAGUUGAUACCUGGAAUGAAAUUCUAUUUGAGGUCCUAAAAAGAGAAUACAAUGUUAGGUUUGAUGUUACUUCAUAGUUGGGAAUUUACUGCCGGAGGAUUUAUAAUCAUGUUUCUUCUAUGAAUAAGAGGAGUUAGGCUAGUUCAUCAAAUAAAUAGCCGGGGAAAUAAAAGCGGCAAAGACAUACGGUCAAAACUCAAAAGUGUCAUCACACCGGAAAUGGACAGUUAAAGGAAGACAUAGCAUUAUACCAAUUAGGCACUCGACAGAAUUAUGAAACAAAAAAUCAGUUUCAUUAGUGGCUAUAUUUGAUUACUCCACUGGUCCCAUGGUCAUCUAAAUAUUCAGCACUUCGUUGCAGAGUUCUUAACCUAA